AUAUGCAUGUGCUUUUGAACACUGACCCUAUAAAAACGACAGUGGUUAAUUUCUUUUUCUCACAAAUUUCCUUCCCCCUGUAUUUGAAGCAGUGGGCCUGGUCUGUUAGGUCAUCGUGUUAUUGAAUAACCAAAAGAACGGGAAAUGAGUCAGUACACUAAAAUCUACAAAUUACAAGCUCCUGAAGGCACACUUCCAUUUGUCUCUCAACGGUAACUGCAACGGAUAAUUCUCCUCGGCUGUCACAUUUCCAACAUGUCUUUAUUCGGGAAAACAACUGUAAGACAUGGCGCCUGCGUCGCUGAGGCCACGAUCUGCUCCGGCACUAAUUGCCUGGUUCCAACCAGUGACUUCAAUGCAACACUGAGUCUCGUGUUGAGUACUGUGCUUACCAUCAUGCUGGCUAUGGUCAUGUUUUCAAUGGGCUGCACCGUCGAUGCCAAAAAACUUUGGGGGCACAUCAAGAGACCAUGGGGCAUCAUUAUUGGCUUCCUUUGCCAGUUUGGCAUCAUGCCUUUCACGGCCUUUGCCUUAUCGAUUGCAUUUGGUGUGCUGCCUGUUCAGGCCGUUGUCAUCGUUAUCAUGGGUUGCUGUCCAGGAGGCUCCGGUUCCAAUAUCAUCUGCUACUGGCUAGACGGAGAUAUGGACUUAAGUAUCAGUAUGACAGCCUGUUCGUCCAUCCUUGCCUUGGGAAUGAUGCCACUCUGUCUGCUUAUUUACACCUCCAUCUGGACAUCUUCAGACACCAUCCAAAUCCCAUAUGAUAGCAUUGGUAUCACUUUAGUGGCCCUCCUUGUCCCAAUCGCAGCAGGAAUAUAUGUUAAACGUAGAUGGCCCCACUUGGCUAAAAAGAUCCUCAAGGUUGGGUCCAUUACAGGGUUUGUACUCAUUAUCAUCAUUGCGGUGGUUGGAGGAAUUCUUUACCAGUCUUCCUGGACUAUUGCCCCUUCCCUAUGGAUAAUUGGAACAGUGUACCCAUUCAUUGGUUUUGGGCUGGGUUUCCUUCUAGCCCGGUUUGUCGGUCAACCAUGGUACAGGUGUCGUACAAUUGCACUGGAGACUGGUUUUCAGAACUCCCAGUUGUGCAGCACCAUUGUCCAGCUGUCCUUUAGCCCGGCUGAGUUGGAGGUGAUGUUUGCAUUCCCGCUGAUCUACAGCAUCUUUCAGCUGGUAGUGGCCGUCCUGUUUGUGGGAGGUUACCAAGCCUAUAAAAAGUCACGUGGUCGGGGAACAGCUGACACAGACAGUGACUCGCCAUCGUUGGAAGAAGGCCGCACCGAAGAAGCAAAAGGGAAGCACGCUUAUGUGGAAAACAGAGCAUUUGAAUUUAAUGAAAACAAUGUCAGUAAAGGCAAGGCUGAGCACUUGGACAAGAACACCCAACUGUGAGAUGACUGACAACCAGCGUGACCUGCACACAAGCACGGCAAUGCUGCUGACAAGCUACCAGCUGUGAAGACGCUCUGCAGGCUGGUGAUGUGCACUACAGUUUUACUAUAUUUGCAAGUUGUGUGAUCUUGCAACUGUUAAAUAUUCUGUUUUCGUAGCUAUAUAUAUAUAGUUGAAACCAGACAGUUUACAUACACUGUGUAAAAACACACAAUCUUUGUUUCACUCGCUAUCUGAAAUUAAAUCAGACUAAACUUUUUUCUGUUUUAGGUCAGUUAGAAUUACCUAAAUUAUUUCUAUGUGUUAAAUGCUGCAAUUACUU